UUAUACACAUUUUAUUUAUCAAACACACCUUCCGCUUCGUCUUGGUAGAUCAGAUCUGUCGGUGCUCCUGCAUUUUCCGCCCACUACUCCUCCAAAUCCUCAUCAUGUACGGCAGAGAUCCGUGGGGAGGUCCCCUGGAGAUAAACGCCACUGAUUCUGCCACUGACGACGACAGGAGCAGGAAUCUGCAGGACCUGGAUAGGGCUGCACUCUCUCGCCCCUUGGACGAGACUCAGCAAAGCUGGCUGCUUGGCCCCGGGGAGCAAAAGAAGAAGAAGAAGUACGUCGAUCUCGGAUGUAUCAUUGUGAGCCGCAAGAUCUUUGUAUGGACCGUGGGGACCCUGCUCGUCUCCGCCCUCCUGGCCGGACUCAUCACCCUCAUCGUCAAGACUGUCCCACGUCAUCACCACCGCCACUCUCCGCCCGAUAACUACACUCUGGCUCUUCACAAGGCGCUCAUGUUCUUUAAUGCUCAGCGUUCUGGAAAGCUGCCCAAGCAUAAUAAUGUGUCGUGGAGAGGGAACUCGGGCCUCCAAGAUGGCAAAUCCGAUCCCUCCGUUUUGAUGAAAGAUCUGGUCGGCGGAUAUUACGAUGCUGGAGAUGCUAUCAAGUUUAACUUUCCUGCAUCCUUUUCAAUGACUAUGUUGAGCUGGAGUGUCAUCGAAUACAGUGCUAAAUACGAGGCUGCCGGUGAGCUCAAUCAUGUUAAAGAGAUCAUCAAAUGGGGUACUGAUUAUCUUCUCAAGACCUUCAACAAUACUGCUGAUACCAUUGACAGGAUUGCAGCGCAGGUAGGGAUAGGAGAUACAUCUGGAGGAAGUUCAGCCCCAAAUGAUCAUUAUUGCUGGAUGCGCCCUGAGGACAUUGAUUACCCCCGUCCUGUAUAUGAAUGUCAUAGUUGCUCCGAUCUUGCUGCUGAAAUGGCUGCUGCUUUGGCUUCUGCUUCCAUCGUUUUCAAAGACAACAAAGCAUACUCUCAAAAGCUUGUCCAUGGUGCCCGAACACUCUUUAAGUUUGCUAGGGAUCAAAGAGGCAGAUAUAGUGCUGGUGGUUCUGACCCUGCCCUCUUUUAUAAUUCCUCAAGUUACUGGGAUGAGUUUGUUUGGGGUGGAGCCUGGUUAUACUAUGCCACUGGGAAUUCAUCCUAUCUUCAGUUAGCUACUCAUCCUAAACUUGCCAAGCAUGCUGGUGCUUUCUGGGGCGGCCCAGAUUAUGGUGUUCUUAGCUGGGAUAAUAAGCUUGCCGGUGCUCAGGUGCUUCUGAGCCGAUUGAGAUUGUUUUUGAGUCCUGGGUAUCCAUAUGAGGAAAUAUUGAGUACGUUUCAUAAUCAAACCAGCAUAAUUAUGUGCUCAUUCCUUCCAGUUUUCACUAGCUUUAAUAGAACAAAAGGAGGUUUGAUUCAGUUAAACCAUGGAAGGCCUCAGCCACUGCAAUACGUAGUCAAUGCAGCCUUCUUAGCCGCCCUAUAUAGUGAUUAUCUUGAUGCUGCUGAUACACCUGGAUGGUAUUGUGGUCCCAAUUUCUAUUCAACUGAUGUCCUGCGUGAAUUUGCCAAAACCCAGAUUGAUUAUAUCCUUGGCAAAAAUCCUCGAAAAAUGAGCUAUGUUGUGGGCUUUGGUAACCAUUAUCCAAAGCAUGUUCACCAUAGAGGUGCAUCUAUCCCUAAGAAUAAGAUCAAAUAUAACUGUAAAGGGGGAUGGAAAUGGAGGGAUACGUCAAAACCAAACCCCAACACACUUGUGGGAGCCAUGGUAGCUGGACCUGACAAGCAUGAUGGGUUUCGUGAUGUUCGCACCAACUACAACUACACGGAGCCAACUCUAGCAGGCAACGCAGGGUUGGUUGCUGCACUCGUGGCAUUGUCUGGUGACAAGGCAACCGGGAUUGACAAGAAUACCAUUUUUUCUGCAGUUCCACCAAUGUUUCCCACACCACCACCACCUCCGGCACCUUGGAAACCAUGAAAACUUUUUGAUCUUUCUUCUGUCCAUGUGUGACUUACAGUCUGAUGAUUUUGGAAUUAGUUUUUGGUACGUAAAUGACCUUGGAAGUGUAAGUAACGCAAAAAGGCAAGACAGGAGAUGAGUGAUGAGACAACCUGCACAAAACUGGUGGUGGUUCGUCUGUCAGAUUGGGGAGUCAGACAAGCAUUCAAACAUUGAUAAUUUGUAUAUGAAGUCUAUUUGGAUUUUGUGGUAUACAGACAGACGGAGUGCAUGUAUGAUAUUAAUGUUGUAUUAUUUGAAACACACCAAUAUCCAUUGACAAUAAAUUUGUGUUUAAUUGUUGCAGAAA